AUGAGUGAGGCAUUUGAUCAAAUGCAAAUGGUCAAGGAUGUUAUGGCCAACAGUGAUAAAGUUUCAGAGGUCCUGAAGGAGUCUACUCAUCAGUUCAACCUGCUUACUUCACCACUUUCCUACCAAAGAGAAGCUAGGCAUUGCUGGAGCUUGCAGCGCCCUACUACUUCAAUCAUGUUUGGAGAUGCAACUUCUAAGUCUCCUCUUGGUGUGUUCAAGAACUAUCACUUGAAAAUUGGAGAAUGCAUCAUCCAAACUGAUCUCACUGUGAUGGAAAUGGAAGAAGAGAAGGAUCUACCUCUGCUAUUGGGAACCCCAUUCCUUAGUACAGUUGGCGCUUCAAUAGACUUUCACAAGCAAGAAGUGAUCCUUCACAAGGUGAAUAGUUUGGUGUCAUAUCGCUUGCAGCCUAGAGGUUCAGACUUUUGUGCCACAAUUGAAGCACUCUCAGUUCUAAGAGCUCAUGAAGCUACAAAGGUUGUGAAGGAAAGGUUGACAAAGAACCAAGAGUUGGAGAAGGAUAAGGAUGAGAGAGGACCAAGGAUUGAGAAGCCACGUCUUGAGAGGGCUAGAGUUGAGAAACCACGUUCUGAUAGACCACGAGCUGAUAGACUUGUUCAAGCCCCUUGUGUGCUUGAUGAAGAAAGCCUUCAAGCUUUGUUUGAUGAGCCACUAGGAAGGGCUCUAAAAGAAGGGGAGGAUGCAGCCUCUAAGGCACUUGUGGGAUAA